CACAUCACAUACUACUACACACACGAUGAGGAAGACGUCAAGCUGAUGGUUGUAUUUUCUGCAAGCUAAGGUUUCUGAUAAUGACUUGAGACAUUUUUUAAGGGAUUAGCAGCAUUCACUGAAGAAACAUAUUUUCUUCUGAAGUGUGAACACAGGUUCUUUCACUUGAUCAGAGAGCCUUGUGGUUUACCUGGUAUGUUUACCUCAAGACAGGGGCCUCACUUUCCUCAUAUGCCAACAAAGAUGGUAUAGGCAAGACUGAUCUCUGGAGGCAUGGCAGCAGUUCAAAGCUCUGCCUUUGUCAACCCAAAUCUGGGGUCAGGCCUGGACGAGGAUGAAAUCUCAUUGUUGGAAGAAGAGUCGGACUCUGGAAGCUUGUUGUCCGAUGAUUCUGUUCUUCCGGAUUAUGAACAAGAGGAAAGGAAAAAAGGAACUGCCAACACACUAUAUGAGGCUUGUGUCCAAAAUGACCCAGAGGCACUGAAGAGAGUGUUGGGACGAGGUGUGACCUAUGAUGAGGUCAUGGAAGUUGACCCUAAUGGCAGGAAUGGACUGAUGGUGGCUGCAUAUAAAGGCUUUCUUCCAGUAGUUUAUGAUUUGCACGGCUGUCCACAUCUGGAUAUUAACCACCAAGACAAUGAAGGCAACACUGCUUUAAUGAUCGCAGCUCAAGCUGGUCAUGUCUCCAUAUGUAACUACAUCAUGAAUUACUUCCCUGGAGCAGAGACAGAGAUCAGAGACUACAGAGGAUUCACUGCCCUCAUUAAAGCUGCCAUACAGGGCAGGAAUGAUGUGGUGGCAGCUCUUAUAAUGCAUGGUGCUGAUGUAAAGGCUGUAGACUCCAACCGUGGUAAAUGUGCACGUGACUGGGCACUGAAAACAGGUCGCUUUGACACGCUGAAUCGUCUGCGCCACCUUGCGCUUCAUCCAACAGCUGAACAGUUCUGUGACACCUACAUUCCAGAGUGGCCCAACCUUAAGGUGCUGGUCAGCAAAGCAACAGCCAAUAAGAGUGCCAGCCAGAAGCUGACUCAUCGUCUCAAGGGUACUUUUGGUUUCAGUUUCCCACGUGACCCACAGGACAAUGGUGUCAUGGAUCACAUGGUGCGAAUGACCACCAGCCUACACAGCCCGCUCAUAGCCAUGGCCACACGGCCACUGUGCCCAAGCAGCCCUCCACAGAUGGGUAAACGUCGGCUUGCUGUGGCUGAACUGAUGCAGAAGUACUCACAGAAGCAGCUGGAGGAGAGUUCACUGUGCCAUCGAAACAGCUCCAUCUCCUCCAUUUCUUCUUCUGUCCACUCGGCUGAGUCUGUCUCUUUGUCCUGCUGUGCCGAUACAGAGAGACGAGGCAGUGUACUGUCCAUUGCUCAGUCUGGAAUGCGCACAUUCAUUCCUCGUAGUAUGGCAUCAAGGCGCAAUAGCAUCUUCCCCUCUGGCUGUAUCCCACAGAUUGAAGUUACUAAAUCCUCUGAGCCCACCCCAAAAAAGGAGAAGAAGAAAAAAAAGCAGAAAGGUUACCUGGAGCCUCCAAAGUGGAAGUAUAAGGAGGCCAAGGAUGAGAAGAAGAAAGAGAAGAAAGCAUUGAAGGAAAAGGAAGAGAAGGAAAAGGAGAAGAAAAGCAAAGACAAGGAUAAAGGAAAAAGGAAAAAGCGUGAUGAAUAAGAUGGGCUUUCUGAACCCUCAGUAAGGUUGUAGAUGCCUUCAGUGUAAUUGUGUGUGGGGAAAUGCUUGAUGACAGAUUCAGUAAAGCAAUGCAGUGAAGAACGCAUGGGCCCUGAAAAGAGGAAGUGCAUUUUGAAACCUCAGUGGUGCAUUCCUGUCUCACGAAAAUCCCUUCCAACUUCCUAUCAUGGCAAUUUAUCUAUGACCAUUUCAGUCAGUCUUAUAGGCUUUAAGGUCUCUGAUUGGAUGACUUACAUGUAGAAUAAUUCUUGAAAGAGUGCUAUAUGUAAAUAAUCACAUACAGUACAUCAUCAGAACUGAAUA